UGUAAACACUCGUCGCAGCAUUCUUUUCUUGUGUUUCAUUCAUUCAAUUUCGAAAAUUGGAAAAAUGUCAACCUAAUUGUGUUGUAUUUUUCAAAUUUGUUGUCAUCGAAUAUCCGUUUUGAAUAUUUCUAUCUGCGUCAUUGUAGUUAUGGGCUAAAGCUAAAGUCAUUCAGCUACGAAGAUGAAUUUCUCUGAUCAUGAUUGUAACGAAUCCGAUAAUGAAGAUGACAGUUUACCAGUUUGCGCCAGUUGUCUCAAUAUUAUCACCGAGGACGAUUAUAUUCACGCUUUAGAUCAAUAUUGGCACACCGAUUGUUUUAGAUGUUCCGCUUGUGACAUCUCGCUGUCGAACUGGUAUUUCGAAAAAGAUGGUUUAUUAUUCUGCAAAAAUGACUACUGGUCGAAGUAUGGCGAGUGUUGUCAAGACUGUGCGCAGGUCAUUACUGGUCCUGUUAUGGUAGCUGGCGAACAUAAAUUUCAUCCAGAAUGUUUUCGUUGUUCGUCAUGUUACGCAUUUAUAGGCGAUGGCGAUUCUUACGCGUUAAUCGAAAGAUCCAAAUUAUAUUGCGGUUUAUGCUACAAACGUCAGAUGCAGCCGUUGAGUAGAAGUUUCGUCGAUCAUCCAUUCAUAAGAAAACCUCAUUCGAUUCGUUUGGUAGAAAUUCCUUCGACAACCGAAGUAACUCGUGGAGUUAAAUUAAGCAUAGAAAAUUCACGUCAACCGUCAAUUUAUUACGCUACAUCUGGGUUUCCUGAAUUAUUUCGCAAUUUAGUGGAUAAGGUGAUGCAGUUCGCAGCGUCGUUCAUUAAAGCAGUUUUUAAAAUGUGUUGCAUUAUUUCUCGAUAUAGGUUAGACUUGAGCAAUGAUAUUAUGUCAUUGCAUAUCGGAGACAAAAUCUUGGAAGUUAAUGGUACUCCGGUUAAAGAUCAACCCAUCGAAAAUAUCGAGAAUUUGAUGCGCAAUUCUACCAACGUUUUACAGCUGACGAUAGAACAUGAUCCAGAUUCAGCGAGCAGAAAUCCUCUAGAUUUGUUAGCCGUUCCGGCAGUUCUUUUAUCACAAACUCAGGUUGGCGGUAUCAAAGAUAAAGAACGUCUGUAUAAACGUAAAGACGAAGGAUACAUUAGUGGUUCACCGGGCCGAAAUUCUAGGCAGUUGAGACGUAACAAAGGUUCAGCUUGUGCUCAGAAGAGAUCUUCUUCGAUGUCGCGGAUUUCAGAAGGAUCCCCGGUGAAUACGGCGAAUAAUUGUGAUUUGUCGAGAACGAAGUCAUUCCGAGUUGAACAAAGUAAGAGUCAGAGGAUAUUUCGAGCUUCCGAUUUGGUUAAAGGCGAACUCCUCGGCCAAGGCUUUUUCGGACGUGUCUAUAAAGUAACGCAUCGAGAGACUGCCGAAGUCAUGGUAUUGAAGGAAUUAUACAGGGUGGACGAAGAAGCGCAGAAAAAUUUUCUGAAAGAAGUUGCUGUGUUACGUAGCUUGCAUCAUCCGAACGUGUUGAAAUUUAUCGGAGUACUUUAUAAAGAGAAAAAAUUGCAUUUGGUUACCGAAUUCAUAUCCAGUGGUACGCUAAAAGAGCUGAUACACGAUUUAAACGAACCAUUACCAUGGCACCAAAGAGUAAAUUUCGCCAAAGAUAUUGCCUCCGGGAUGACGUAUUUACAUUCCAUGAACAUCAUUCAUCGAGAUCUUAAUUCUCAUAAUUGUCUAGUCAGAGAGGAUAAAACUGUAGUAGUAGCUGAUUUCGGAUUGUCUCGUAUUAUAUCUCAAGGUGCCGGAGGACAGACGAGUUCACGCGUGUCCGGAUUACAUUGUGUAAAAAACAUACCAAAUAAUAAAUACUGUUCGAAAACCAUACCUCGUAAUGGAACGAGUUCGCGAAGACACGAACGUAAAAAGCGUUACACCGUUGUAGGAAAUCCGUACUGGAUGGCGCCGGAAAUGAUGAAAGGAAACAAAUACGACGAAAAAGUCGAUAUUUUCUCAUUCGGCAUUGUCUUGUGCGAGAUCAUUGGGCGUGUACAAGCGGAUCCGGAUUAUUUACCGAGGUCUUCGGAUUUUGGUUUAAAUCAGGCUGUCUUCAGGGAGAAGUUUUGCACGAAUUGUCCAGAAGCGUUUUGUCAGAUUGCUUUUUUGUGCUGCGAUUUGAAUCCUGAUAAAAGGCCUCCAUUUGAAAUCAUGGAAGUUUGGCUUGAAGGCUUAGCCAUGCAUUUAUCAGUUGGUGCUUCACCUCCUCAGGAUUUAGAAUACGAUAUUCUACAUUACUCUGGACGAGUCGAUUCAAACUCGGAACCAUCUACUCCAGACAUUUGUUCGAUGACGUCGCUUCCUUCGCUGAAACCAAUAUGCGAAUCGAAUAACUCGACGUUGAAUUCAUCUACCACGUCCGUCAACGAUCGUAGAUGCUCUGCACCUAUAGAAACUACUGCCCUGUGAUUUGAAUAAUUUUGAUAUUUUUUUUCUUUUUUUAAUACUAAGCGACGGUAGUUUAUUACAUAAAGUGGACCGUACUUAUACGCUUAAUUAGUGAUAAGAACCUUUUUUCUUUAUUUUAAUUUAUUAGUGUUAUUUUUAAUCAUGAUUUUAAAUGCAAAACUUAUAUUGGUGCAAUUUUUUUUUUUACUUCGUAGAUACAUUCCUUUUGAUUUAUUCAUUUUUCUCGGUUUUGGCUUUUAUGUUUUUGAUUGAUGUUUUUAAAUGUUUAUUCGUAAUUGCUUGGGGUUUGAAUUUUUUUUUACUAACAUUGUAGUGUAAGUGGUUUCGACUAUACGUCCGCAAGUCGAUUAUUCCAGUAUUAUACGUUAAGUUUUUUUCUCAUUUUAUUUCGAUUUUCAUUUCCCCUUGUUUUAUUUCUUUUUAUAGUAAUCUCGUGUGUUCGAGCUGUCGAUUAUAAUACUCGAAUUUAAAGUACACUCAAUUACUACCUAACCUCAGAACAGAAAAUUGUGAUUUUUUUAAUAACAAUUUAAUAGCGAAUUAUUUUUAUAGAUUUUCAAUUAAAGAUUUGUUAUCAAUUAUUUUUUUUUAAAUCAGAUUUGUUGGAUAAUUUUUUAUUCUUUGAGCUGGUGGAGUAUCUCCCUUGAAAUGUCUAAACAUUCCGUUCAUAUUUCCAAUUUCUUGCCAUUUUAAAAAAAUGUUUCUCAUUAGUACCUACCUAUUUUAAUUUUUUUGUGCUCUUGUUUUUAUGUGUGUGUGUUUUUUUUUAUAGUGUAAUAAUUAUUAAAUUUAAGAAAUUUGUUUUACCAAAUAGCCUAAGUGAUUUCUUUUUUCUAUCGAAUUUACGUUUAUUUUGUAUUGACAAAAAAUGUAAUCGUCGAAUACGACUAUGAAUAGGUGAUUGUAAAAAGGUGCUCUUUCUACUUUUUUGAGAUGUAUAAGUUACAUAUGGGAUCGUAUUCCUUAGUGGUACACUCAUUAUCUGAGCCAAAAAGACACUCAUUCCAUGUGCAUGCUUAAUUAAUAUAGGUACUUCAAAUUUUGAGGAGCAUAACAAUGAGACAGUUUUUAUUUUUUUUAUUAUCUCGAAAUCCAUUUUAGUGGAAUGAGGCCUUUUUACAAUCACCCAUUCAUUGUGUUACGCUUUAAUUCACAAUCAGAUUUUUUUAAAACCAUUUCUCGCUCUGUUAUCUGUAUGUGUAGUUGUUAGUAGCUUUAUUAAAGCAAUAAAAUGAUUAG